CGCUGACUUGCAGUGGAAUUGUUUUAUGGGCUUUUGUUGAGGAAUUGUUCUGUCACUGUGAGGAAGCGCGCUGAAGGCUGCCAGCAUUAAUUCCCCUCAGGAUUCUGCUGUUUCCCCCCAUGGAGCUGCACGCAGGUGUCGCUCUAUGAUUGCGUGAGCUCGUCGCCAAUCAGCAGCAGCGUGAGGACCAGUGGGGCGAGCGGCAGCAGUCACAGCAUGGACGUCAGACUCAAACGCCUGUGGCCUCUCACCAGGGGAGCUCUUCAUCUCCUGCUGCUGACCAGGCUGGUGCUGCCCUCACAAUCAGAGAGCACGCCCAGCUUCAUCAAGUCCCCCGACGAUCAGACGGGGAUAUCGGGCGGCGUGGCGUCGUUCGUGUGCCAGGCGGUGGGCGAGCCCAAACCUCGCAUCACCUGGAUGAAGAAGGGGAAGAAAGUCAGCUCUCAGCGCUUUGAGGUGAUCGAGUUUGAUGACGGCUCAGGCUCGGUGCUGCGUAUCCAGCCUCUGAGGACCCACCGCGACGAAGCCAUCUACGAAUGCACGGCCACCAACAGCGUGGGAGAGAUCAACACCAGCGCCAAACUCACGGUCCUCGAAGAGGACCAGAUCUCUCACGGUUUCCCCACCAUCGACAUGGGGCCUCAGCUCAAGGUCGUGGAGAGAACGCGCACUGCGACGAUGCUGUGUGCGGCCAGCGGGAACCCCGACCCGGAGAUCUACUGGUUCAAAGACUUCCUGCCCGUGGACAUCAGCAGCAGCAACGGGCGAAUAAAACAACUACGUUCUGGAGCACUUCAAAUUGAGAACAGUGAGGAGUCAGACCAGGGCAAGUACGAGUGUGUGGCAGUCAACAGCGCCGGGACUCGCUACUCUGCACCAGCCAACCUUUAUGUUCGAGUUCGCCGCGUGCCUCCCCGUUUCUCCAUCCCGCCCACCAACCACGAGGUGAUGCCCGGCGGCAGCGUCAACCUGACCUGCGUGGCGGUCGGCGCUCCCAUGCCUUACGUCAAGUGGAUGACCGGCGAGGUGGAGCUGACCCGCGAGGAGGAGAUGCCCAUCGGCCGCAACGUCCUGGAGCUCACCACCAUCCGCCAAUCGGCCAACUACACCUGCGUGGCCAUAUCGUCGCUGGGCAUGAUCGAGACCACGGCCCAGAUUACUGUGAAAGCACUGCCAAAACCGCCCGCCUCCCUCAUUGUGACAGAAACCACAGCAACCAGUGUCACCCUGACCUGGGACUCUGGUAACCCAGAACCCGUGUCCUACUACGUGAUCCAGUACCGCUCCAAGCUGUCCGACAACGGCUUCCAGGAAGUAGACGGAGUAGCCACCACCAGAUACAGCAUCGGCGGCCUCAGCCCCUUUUCCGAAUAUGAAUUCCGCGUCAUGGCUGUCAACAACGUCGGCCGGGGCCCGCCCAGUGGCAUAGUGGACACACGUACCAGCGAGCAAGCUCCUUCAUCACCUCCUCUACACGUGCAGGCACGCAUGCUGAGUUCCAGCACCAUGCUGGUCCAGUGGGAACCUCCAGAGGAGCCCAAUGGUCAAAUCCGAGGAUAUAGGGUCUACUACAGCUCUGCCCACGACGCCCCGCUCAACGCCUGGCAGAAACACAACACUGAUGACAGCCACCUCACGACCAUUUCAGGCCUGACCACAGACAUCACCUACAGCCUGAGGGUGCUGGCCUUCACCUCGGUGGGAGACGGGCCUCCCUCUGAUGUCCUGCAGAUCAAGACCAAGCAGGGAGUGCCUGCUCAGCCGUCUGGGCUCGAGGCUGAGGCUGAGCUGGACUCAAGGAUCAUGCUGUCGUGGCUGUGGCCGGUUCAGGACACCAUCACCGGCUUUGAGCUGCUCUACUGGGAGGCCAACAGUCCCUUAGACAAGCAACGUGCCACCUUCGGCCCAGCGGGCUUCUACGCAGUGGAUGGUCUGAGGCCAGAUACGAUGUACAUGUUUUCUCUGGCAGCAAGAUCUGAGAUGGGUUUAGGAGUCUUUACUCAGCCUAUCGAGGCCAGAACCGCCCAGUCCACCCCUUCGGCCCCGCCACAGGACGUACGCUUGCUCAGCCUCAGCUCCACCAGCAUUAAGGUGAGCUGGGUGCCGCCGCCCAAAGACAGCCACCAUGGUGAGAUAGUGCGCUACUCCCUCGCCUACCAGGCAGUGACAGGGGAGGACGUGGAGCGCCACCAGGUGUCAGGGACAAUCGGCGCUAACGUCACCAGCUACGUGCUGGACGACCUGGAGAAGUGGACCGAGUAUUUGGUGUGGGUGAGGGCUUACACGGACGUCGGGCCUGGUCCAGAGAGCCCCACAGCCCGCAUCAGAACCAAGGAGGAUGUGCCCGGAGCUCCUCCCAGGAAGGUGGAGGCCGACGCCCUCAACUCCACCAGCAUCAGAGUGACCUGGAAGCCUCCACUGUCUGUGAAGCAGCACGGUCAGAUCAGAGGCUACCAGCUGGUCUACUCCAGGCUGGAGAACGGCGAGGCUCACGGGCAGCCGGUCAUCGUGGACGUCGCCCUGCCCGACGCACAGGAGGCCAUGAUAACCGGCCUUCUCCCCGAGACGACCUACUCACUGACUGUAGCCGCAUACACAACUAAGGGCGAUGGAGCGCGCAGCAAAGCCAAGGUGGUCACCACCACAGGAGCAGUGCCCGGUAAGCCCACCAUGAUGAUCAGCACCACCAUUGGGAACACCGCCUUGAUCCAGUGGCAGCCUCCUAAAGAGAUGGUGGGGGAGCACGUGGGUUAUCAGCUGCAGUUUAAGAGAGCAGAGGAGGAGGCUUUCACCGUCAAAGACUUCAGAAAGACCGACGAUCACUUCACGGUCACCGGCCUCCACAAAGGAGCCACCUACGUCUUCAAACUGUGUGCCAAAAACCGCGCCGGCAACGGGGAGGAGUACGUGAAGGAGAUCAGCACCCCGGAAGAUAUUCCCAGCAGCUACCCGCUGAAUCUGAGUGUGGUCGGCCUGACCGCCACCUCCACCCAGCUGGCCUGGGACCCGCCCCCUCUGGCCGAGAGGAACGGGAAGGUCGUCAAGUACGUGGUGGUGUACCGAGACAUCAACAGCCAGCACAACAACACCAACGUCACCACGGAGACGCGCAUGACCGUCCAGGGUCUGCAGCCCGACACGACCUACGACAUCCGAGUCCAGGCUUUCACCAGUAAAGGGGGAGGUCCCAUCAGCCCCAGCAUCCAGAGCAGGACCAUGUCCAUGUCCAUGCCAGUGUUCACCAAGAACUUUGGAGUGACGGCCGUGACGAAGACGUCCGUCCUGCUGACCUGGGAAGUGCCCGAAUCCUACAAGUCUCAAGUUCCUCUCAAGAUCCUGUACAACCAGCAGAGUGUGGAGGUCCAGGGCAGCCUGAAGAGGAAGCUCAUCACGCAGCUGCAGCCCGACACUGAUUACUCCUUUGUGCUGAUGAGUCGGGGGAACAGCGCCGGCGGCCUCCAGCAGCAGGUCUCCAUCAGGACGGCUCCAGACCUGCUGAAGACCAAGCCUGCUGUUUACCAACAGGACGUGGAGGAGGGCGGGAAAGUGAGCGUCAGUCUGCCCCAGGCGCCUGCAGGAGCCCCUGUCAGGUGGUUCUACAUCGUGGUCGUCCCUGUCUCUGCAGCGUCUCUGAACAAAUGGGAGACGCCUGAAGACAUGGACAUACAUGAGCUCCUGGAGACUGGUGCUGACAGCAGUCUGCAGAGAAGGCGGAGACAGAGCCAGGAUUUCCUGCGGCCCUACAUCGCUGCCAAGGUGGACGCCCUGCCUGACGUCUUCACUCUGGGCGAUGAGAGGAAGUACAACGGCUACUACAACAAAGCACUCGUUGGCCAACAGCAGUACCGCUGCUUUGUGCUGGCUGACCUGACGGACCAUGAAUCUCAGUGGACGUUCGCGGCCAGUCCCUUCUCUGAGCCCGUGAUGGCGAAGCUCCACAGCGGCAUGACCAGACAGACCGAGGAGCCCGAGAUGCUGUGGGUCAUGGGUCCGGUCCUGGCCGUCAUCCUCAUCAUCAUCAUCGUCAUCGCUAUUCUACUCUUCAAGAGGAAAAGAACGUGUCCGGCCAAAGACGAGCACAUGGCGGGGGUCAAGGACUCACUGCUCGCCCACUCCUCAGACCCUGUGGAGAUGAGAAGACUCAACUACCAGACACAAGGGAUGAGGGAACAUCCUCCCAUCGCCAUCUGUGACCUGGCUGACCACAUCGAGAGACUCAGAGCCAACGACGGCCUGCGCUUCUCGCAGGAAUACGAGUCUGUCGAUCCAGGACAGCAGUUCACGUGGGAGCACUCCAACCUGGAGGUCAACAAGCCAAAGAACCGCUAUGCAAAUGUCAUCGCCUACGACCACUCGAGGGUCAUCCUCACUCCUGUGGACGGAGUUCCAGGCAGCGACUAUAUCAACGGCAACUACAUUGAUGGCUACAGGAAGCAGAACGCUUACAUCGCCACACAGGGGCCGCUGCCGGAGACGCUGACUGACUUCUGGAGGAUGGUGUGGGAACAGAGAACCUGCACCAUCGUGAUGAUGACGCGCCUCGAGGAGAAGUCACGGGUAAAGUGUGACCAGUAUUGGCCGAGUCGAGGCACAGAGACCUACGGGAUGAUUCAGGUGACCAUGCUGGACACAGUGGAGCUGGCGACGUACAAUGUACGCACCUUCGCCCUCUAUAAGAAUGGCUCCAGUGAGAAGAGAGAGGUGCGACAGUUCCAGUUCAUGGCUUGGCCGGACCACGGAGUGCCUGAGUAUCCAACCCCAACGCUGGCCUUCCUCCGCCGAGUCAAGGCCUGUAACCCUCCAGACGCUGGACCCAUGGUGGUCCACUGCAGUGCCGGCGUGGGCCGGACGGGCUGCCUCAUCGUGAUCGAGGCCAUGCUGGAGAGGAUGAAGCACGAGAAGUCGGUGGACAUUUACGGCCACGUGACGUGUAUGCGCGCUCAGAGGAACUACAUGGUGCAGACGGAGGAGCAGUACAUAUUCAUCCACGAGGCCCUGCUCGAAGCCGCGGUGUGCGGCAACACGGAGGUCCCCGCCCGCAACCUGUACGCCCACAUCCAGAAGCUCACCCAGAUCCCUCCAGGAGACACCGUCACCACCAUUGAACUGGAGUUCAAGAAACUGGCCAACUCCAAAGCACAUACCUCAAGAUUCAUCAGUGCCAACUUGCCGUGUAACAAAUUCAAGAAUCGCCUGGUGAACAUCAUGCCUUUCGAGUCCACCCGCGUCUGCCUGCAGCCAAUCCGAGGAGUGGAGGGCUCCGACUACAUCAAUGCCAGCUUCAUUGACGGAUACAGGCAGCAGAGAGCAUACAUGGCCACCCAGGGCCCGUUAUCUGAGACCACAGAGGACUUCUGGAGAAUGUUGUGGGAGCACAACUCCACCAUCGUCGUCAUGCUCACCAAGCUGCGCGAGAUGGGACGGGAAAAGUGCCAUCAGUACUGGCCCGCAGAGCGCUCCGCACGUUACCAGUACUUUGUUGUGGACCCGAUGGCCGAGUACAACAUGCCUCAGUACAUCCUGAGAGAGUUCAAAGUCACAGACGCCAGGGACGGUCAGUCGAGGACCAUCAGGCAGUUUCAGUUCACAGACUGGCCAGAGCAGGGAGUGCCAAAAACUGGAGAGGGAUUUAUCGACUUCAUCGGCCAGGUCCAUAAAACCAAGGAGCAGUUUGGACAAGACGGACCGAUCACUGUCCACUGCAGUGCUGGUGUUGGACGGACCGGUGUGUUCAUCACCCUGAGCAUCGUCCUGGAGAGGAUGAGGUAUGAAGGCGUGGUCGACCUCUUCCAGACGGUCAAGACGCUCCGAACUCAGCGGCCGGCCAUGGUGCAGACAGAGGACCAGUACCAACUGUGUUACCGGGCUUCUCUGGAGUACCUGGGAAGCUUCGAUCACUAUGCAACAUAACCCUGCCCAGACAGAUAACCCUCAGAAGAAUUUGGUGUCUCCUCUGAGCCAUAAUAAUCCACUCAGCUCCAAUCGGCCCCUGCAGUCUGAUGAGGAGGUUACAAGGAAGAUGG